GGAAAGAAAGGCGCAGAGGAAGGAACCUUUUUAACUAAUCUCCUUUUUCACGGCUUUCGCACUCUUAUAUCCACCUGGGAUACACGACGUACCACGGAAGACUCUGCACCGGGAGAAAGAAUCGCAGUUCUCUUGGCAACUUGAAACCCCCUGAGGUGUCGCCCCCCCCUCUUUCGGUGGGAGCGGUUGGACGCGCCCGGCGCGCGUCACCCAUUGUUUACAAACCAACCGCAGCACCAACAGCGGCGUUGGAGAAGGCAGGGAGCGUGCGGGGAGAGGGCUCGCUUGGCAGUUACGAGCGGCGUCGCUGCGGUGGCCGCCCCAGAAACAGCCACGCGUGCCAAGCGAAGGGGAAAGCAGGCAGGAGAGCAGCGGCGAUGCCUUGCCGGCGGCCGGGCGGAGAACGCUUCCUAUUCCUGGAGCGCGCCGCCGUCUCAUUGCAGAGCGGUGCCGGGACGGCCGGCAGCGGCUCUAAAGAAGUGGACGCCUUGGUGGCCAAGCUGGGCGAGGUGCUGCAGUUGAGCUCCCAGCACCGGACGCCGGCGGCCCCUCGCCUCCUCCCGAGGCACCACGGCCGGGACCGAGUGGCUCCCUACUCGUCCCCGAGAAGUCUCGGCUUCUUAGCCUCGCUACACCACCGCCACCCGCCGUCCCACCCGCGCCAAUCGCCCUCGCUGCUCCUUUGGCCGCCGCCGCCCCCUCCGCCGCCGCCGCCGCCCACUGCGGACCAGAAGGGCAGCCCGCGGGUCUCCAAGCAGCUGUGCGGCCGGGGCUGGUUGCGGAGCUCCGCUCGAGCCGGGAGGAAGCAACCCCGUCGCCACCGCUACCGCUCGCUGCUGCCCGCCGGCGACGACGAGGACGAGGAAGAGGACGGCGACCCUCACCGCCUCCUGCAGCAGCUCAUCCUCUCCGGCAACCUCAUCAAGGAGGCGGUGCGGAGGUUGCAGUUGGCGGCUUCGACGGCGGCCGAGACUUCUUCUACCACGGGCUCCCCGGGCUCCGUUUCGUCCGCCGGGAGCUGCUGCCGCUGCAGUAGCAGCGACGGAGACGCGGGCUCAACCUUCACCGUCGCCGCCUCUUUGCAAGCUUUGCCCUAACCUCGCCUGGCCCCGCUUCUUCCCGGGAAGGCGCCUUGGAGAAGCGACCUCGUCUAUUUGGCUUCCGCUGAUCCCGGUACUCGCGGGGACAGGGUCGCCGAGGCGCCGGCCAGCGGCUGCGACUACAAAGCCCCAGAGGCGGUUCAAGCCACGGCCAGAUACUUGAAGCAGACCCUCGCGGGGGCUUUGCCUGAACUUCCAAGCGAUGCUUCUUGGUCGCUUUUUUCAUUACUCUUGAGCCAACUUGACGAUCUGCUACCGUUUCUCUUUCGGGGAAACACAACACAACAAAGCAAAAGACAGAGGUGCUAUAUUGCGGCUCCGGACGGUUGUUCUCCAGCCUCCCGUCCGGCCGUCGAUCGGUCCCGUCUCCCGUCUGUCUCCCUGCCCAGACGAUCCGGAUCUGCCUUCGGUUGCUGGAGUUGGCGCCUGCCACCGGGGCGCCGAAAAACCCUACCUCUCUCGCUGUUUGCCCUCGGUGUGGGAAGCGCAAAGAAGGGACCAUCCCCGCGUGUGGCAUUGUCUGGCGUGAAAUCCUCGCGCGCGCCCGCGCCUGCCUGGGUGCGCGGGUUAGGACAUGGGCAAUUGACUAGUAAAGACCUUGUCCACGUACACGAUCGGAAGGGGGGGAGGAGGAGGGGUGGGCACCCUGGCCAAGACGCUGCUGGACACUUGAUAAUAUAUAAUCCGCUUUGGAUCACCCUUCUCCCGCUUUCUCGCGAAGGUCACCCCCCACCUUUUUUUUUCCUGCCCCCCCCCCCACCCCGUGUUUUGGUGUCUUUGCUGUGUUCCCAGGCAGGUGGCCGUGGUACUGUAAUCCUAUCCCUGCUUGUUUUGACUGGGCUGUGGGCAAACCCUGUGUGUUUUGUAACGGCUGGGAGUCUCCUGAGGACGAACACGUUGGUCCAAGCUUUCCUCUCCUCUCCACACACACCCCCCGCUUCUUUCCCAAAGCUCCUCCUCUCCUUACAAGCUGGAUUUUUCAGAAAGGGGGUCAUAUUUCAGCAAGCUUUCUAGGAAAACUACCCGGGUAAUUGGGGGGCGGGGGAGGGACAAGGGAGGGGGAUUUUUUUCCAGCCAGAAGAGAACCCAGAGAUUUGCUUCUUGAUUCCAGUAUGUCAUGGCAAGUCCAUAUGCCCCAACCCCCAAAGAAGGAAAUAAAUUCUUGCCCGUUUCUGAUUAGCUGAAGAGGAAAAUUUCAUUUCUGAUGACCCUUGUCUGCCCCCUCCCCUCUGCAAUUUCUUCUCCUUUGGAGCAUUGGUAGUUGUUUUUUAAAACAAAAAACAAAAACCUAGAAAUACAAUCUAUAUGAAGCCAUUAAAAAAAAAGAAAAAAAAGAAAAAGGGAAUCUAAAAACUAGAAAGCAGCUGGCUUCAACUGAACAUUAUCAGAGAUUGUGGAUGAAGUACUCUGUUAACAGAAGGUAGCUAAUCGCAAGCUUUUAAAAAUAAAAACAAUAAAAUGUGUGUAUAUAUCUAUAUGCGUGCGCACACCCUCUGGUUUAGCAGAAGCAGUUGUGAACUAGGUAUGUGUGUAUAGGUGCUUUUACGCAUAUUUAUAUAUAUACACAUAUGUACACUUCGUAACGGAGUGUUGAAGUUGUGUUCCUGGUUUUCAGGGGUUGUCUUUAAUGUGUAUCUAUUGAAUAAACAUGGUAGACUUUAUAUAUUAAAAA